AUGGAGUCCACCUUCGGAAUCCCGCCUUCUCAGACGGUGAUACUUCAGCAUGAAGCUGGGGUCCUGAAAAUAACCCCUGGCAUGCCAGUGCCAGAUAUUGGUCACAACAAUAUGCUUGUGUCUGUCGAGGCAGUGGCUCUGAAUCCUUGUGAUUUCAAGAUGCCUCUCAGAUUCCCCACGCCGGGUCUCUGGGAUGGUUGCGACUUUGCAGGCAUUGUUGUGUCGCUGGGAAGUCAGGUCGCUGCUGAUGGUCGGUUCAAACUGGGAGACCGUGUUUUCGGAGCGGUUCAAGGCUCAAAACAAUCCGACCCCCAAUCCGGGGCAUACUGCCAAUAUCUCCGUGCAGAUCCGGAUUUUACGUUCCAUAUGCCGAAGGACAUGUCCUUUGCCACUGCUACCGCUCUCUCGGGAACAGGAAUUGCGACCCUCGGAGUUGCGCUAUUUUGGUCGCUGCAGCUGCCAGGAAAGCUGGAUGGUCCAGCCAGCAAGGCUGAGGAUGUCCUGAUAUAUGGCGGGAGUAGUACCAUUGGGCUAGUCGCGAUUCAAAUGGUGAAGCUCUGCGGCCAUCGGGUCAUCACAACGUGUUCCCCUCACAAUUUUGACCUCGUCAAAUCCUACGGUGCUGAUCUUGUGUUUGACUACAAUUCUCCAACUUGUGCGACGGAGAUCCGAGCCGCAACUAAGAAUGCACUUCGAUUUGUACUUGACCCAUUCUCGGAAGCCAAAACAUUGCGCUUGUGCCAAGAAGCAAUGGGUCGUACUGGUGGCCGGUACUGCGCCCUAGAGCAGUACCAAGAGAGUCUCUGUACGCGAAAGACCAUAAAACAUGAGCUAGUGAUGGGAGGGGCUAUAUCCGGGGAUGGUGUUGAGCUCCCAGAGCCGUAUGGUAUCCCGCCUCGCCCAGAGAUCGGAGAAUGGGCUCGGAAAUGGUAUCAAUGUCUUCAGCAACUGAUCACAGAGGGAAAGCUCAAACCUGUCCCUAUGGAAACCAUUCCGGGGCAGUUUGAGGGCAUAAUGAACGGGCUGGACAUUCUCAAGAAAGGCAAGGUGUCUGGAAAGAAGCUUGUUGUUCCCAUGUCAACUCUUGAGUAG